CUGAACCUAAAGGUUAGAAUUGGACAAGCAAUCUCUAAUAAAAAUAUAAAUAUUUAGAUUCUGUGAUUUGAGUGUAUUUAGCGUGAAGAUUGAUUUCACAAUUAGGCUGAGAAAACCUCACUACUCUGAAAGCUCCAAUUUGGAGGAGGCGUCGCCUGAAGAGUCCUCUCUCCGCCUUCGUCCGUCGUCGUCGAUCAUCGCUUAUGACUGUAAUUUGAAAUUGAUGGAUUCCAACAAUUGGAGACCUAAUCAAGGUACUAACCCCACUAUGGAUACAAGUGAUUGGAGAGCUCAACUACCAAUUGAUUCACGCCAAAGAAUUGUCAACAAAAUAAUGAAGACAUUAAAAAAACAUCUUGCUGUUUCUGGUCCUGAUGGAUUGCAUGAACUUCGGAAGAUUGCUCAAAGGUUUGAAGACAAGAUUUUUACUGCUGCAACAAGCCAGCCUGAUUACCUACGGAAAAUAUCUUUGAAGAUGCUUACAAUGGAGACUAAAUCCCAAAACACCUUGGCUAACAAUAUGCCACCAAAUCAAGUUGGCCCUAGCAAUAAACCUCCUGAUCAAGGACUUGUUUUGCAGUCUCAAGUUCAUAAUCUUGGGCAACAACAUUCUAUUCCUUUGCCUGGUCAGCUCCAGCCACAUCAGCAGCUUCUAUCUCAAAAUGUUCAAAAUAAUGUUGCGUCGCAACCUAACCUUCCACCUGUAUCUAGUCUAGCCCAGACUCCCAGCCAAAAUAUUGUCCAGAACUCCAAUAUACAGAAUAUAACUGGGCCAAAUUCAGUUGGGACCACUAUUAGCCAAAAUUCCAACUUACAGAAUAUGUUUCCUGGUUCUCAGAGACAAAUGCCCGGAAGGCAGCAGAUUGUUCCCCCACAGAAUUCACAGCAAUAUCUUUACCAACAGCAGUUUAAGCAGAAGCUCCAGCUUCAAUCUCAGAUGCAGCAGCAACAACAAAACCUUCUGCAACCAAAUCAGUUGCAAUCAUCUCAGCAAUCUAUUAUGCAAACUUCAUCUGUUAUGCAGCCAUCCAUGAUGCAAGCAUCUUCUCUAUCUAGCAUUCCACAGAAUCAGCAGUCUACUAAUGUUCAGCAGCCAACGCAGUCCAUGCCACAGCAGCAGUCACAAGUUAUCAGGCAUCAGCAACAACGGACUUCUAUUGUACAUCAGCAACAAACAGCAGUCACUCAUCAGCCAAGCUUACCUUCACAACAGCAACAACAACUUAUGGGGCAUCAGCCAAAUACAACAAACAUGCAACAUGCACAGAUGCUUGGGCAACAGAACAAUGUUGGUGAUAUACAGCAACGAAAGUAAGUCAAUUUCCCUUCACCGGUAAGGUUGGAAUAACAAUAUUUGUUGAAAUUUUAAGUCGCUUUAACUUAGAAAUGUGGUUCUCGCAAGUGUUGAUUUACCUUCCUUUGACAAUUAAUAUAAUAUUUAAGAUUGCCAAUGAAUGAGAAACACGAGCAAAGUAAGUACAAAUACUUCAUCAGGAAGGCUACAGUACGUGGAAUGAACAAAAAAAAGUGAAGUUUGUUUUGCAUGUUGAGCCUUACUUUCGUUUUGAUUGUUUUAUUAAUUGAAAGAUUUCUUUGACCAGAAGAAAAGGUACAAUAUGUAACCUCUCCCACUUCUUUUUUGAUUCAUAUGUAACCUCCCAUUUGCUUUUAAAUAAUGUAUAAGUAUGCUUGUUGCCUAUAAUUCUCGUAAUUAAAGGGCCCGUUAUUUCAUGUCAUAA